AAAGUAUCUGCCAAGACUUGAUAAUAGUUAAAACAGGAACUGAAGCAUACAGAAAAGCAAAGCAGGCAAAAGAUUUAUUUUUGGAGUUUGUAAGUCAUCAACAGAGACUCUAUAAGAAGUUAGCUUUGGAAGAGCAGAUUAGCAAUGGAGAAUAAGAAACCUAAAGGACGCCGAAAGAUACCAAUGAGAAAAAUAGAAAAUUUUGGUAACCUAAAUGCUAGCUUUUCAAAGCGCCGUAUGAGUUUAUACAAAAAGGCGAGCAAUCUUGUAUUUGAAUGCGAUGUCGAUAUUGGAAUGAUAUUUUUUUCUCCCGCAGGUAAUCCUUUCUCGUUUUUUCAUCCAAAUGUUGAUGCGGUUGUUUCUCGUUUUCAGAAUCUCGAUAUUGAACCAAGUGAAAGUGCGCUUUUAGUCGCGGCUCAUAAUCGAGAAAAAGUGAAUGAACUCAAAAAUAAGCUUGAAGUACUCGAUGCCAUAGAAAACAUUGAAAUUGCUAAGAAACAAUCAUAUGAUGAAAUGAUUAACGCUAGACAGAAAGGUUGGUGGGAGUCGAUUGAGCAGCUUAAUGCAAAUGAAGUGUCAACUUAUGAGACUUGGUUGAAGACUAUUGGUUUUAAUGUGCAUAAUCGAUUGAAUCAAAUGGAAGUUGGAGCUUCAUCCUCAGAUUUGGGAUUUAAUGGUUGAAACAAAAUUAAAAUUAAUUAUCAGUUAUAGAAGGUGAACCCAUUUAAAGUUUUAUUUUAUGUUAUUGAGAUGUUUAAUUUUUUGUUAUUUUAUUUCAUUGAUGCUAUAUCCAUGUACUUUGCUAUGAUUUUCAUAAUAAUAUUCG